UUUCAAUCGAGUUACUUCGUGUGUGUUUUUAGGCAUCAUCGUUGCCUCGUUCUCUCCGCUUCCCCCGGGGGUUGUUUGUGGUGGUGGUGGUGGGAGUGGUGGUAAACUCUUGCUCUCGCUUGCCGCACUGUAGUAGUGCAGUAGGGGUGUUGUUUUUUCACGAGGAGGAGGUGGAGGCGUGGUGUUGCUUCUAUCUGGUGUCAUUGCAUUGAUUGGUGCCAGCUGCGGAUGCGUUGGAAAUUGCGGUAGACGCGAUGGACUCCAGACGGCGUGCACCUGUGAUUGGCCCUAAGGUGCGCCAGGUUGGAUUUGUGACGCCGAACGCUGAUAGCCCUGGUGAGGGAGUAAUGGAAAAAGAGGCUGGAAACUUAACUACUAAUUCGCCCACGCCUGUUACUAUUGCUCCGACGCGUCCUGUUAUCGAAAUUCCUCAUUCGCUGAAGGCUGACCCUGUGGCGGUGCCAUCCCCAUCUCACAGGCGAGGAAAUGAGGUUGACAUUCCCUCUGCUCCAACUGCCAGCUACAAUCCUAAUGAUUCUGUACUCGACGGGUCGUCGUUGCCUUCCAGCAAAGGAGGGAGCACAAUCAAUGAUGUGUAUGGUAGUUUGGUAUCUGAGAGUGUUGCCGAAUCAUCACCACUGGGUAGGCCUACUGGCAGCACAGUUGGAGCUUUCGCAGAGAGGGUCAAGCAGAAGACCUCAGAUUCAGCCAUUGGCUCAGCAGUGAUUGAUGGUGGUGUAGCCAGCGGUAAGCCUGGUAAAGGCUCGAAAGCGAAUAAUCGUGGAAUUCCAGCUUUGUCAAGCAGUGAUGCAAAGUCUUCCGAAGCACCUGCUGAUGGGUCCAAGCCACUGAAGGAAAGAACAUCAAAAGCUGAGAGGAGAGCGAAGCAAGAGGCAGAUCGGGCAGCGAAAUUGGCUGGUAAAGGAACUGGAGGAGGAGCAGGAGGAGAUCCUAAUGCUCAAACCAAGAACUCAAAAGGAAAAAAGGACAAUGCACCGGAAAAGAAGAGCGUACAAGCACCUGAGAAGAAAGGAUCAGACAAAUCCAGCGAAAAUCAGAAGAAGAAAGAAGUUCCAGCUCCUCGCCUUCAAUUUGACGACAAGGAACGAGUAGCAAAGUCCAAAAGGCGGUCUUUAGUGGAACAAACAGAGACCAAGAACCGUGUUGAACUCUUCAGGCACCUGCCUCAGUUCGUUUACGGGACACAGCUACCAUCCUUGGAGGCGAAAUUCUUUCAAGAUGAUGCCAUGCACCCGCAUCCUGCAGUCUACCAGGUUGGUCUUCAGUACCUGACUGGAGAUAUAGUAGGAGGUAAUGCCCGAUGUGUGGCCAUGUUGAUGGCUCUUCGAAGCAUGAUAAUAGACUAUGAAACCCCUCCUGAGAAGACUUUGGUCCGUGAUUUGGUGACAAGAACCAACAACCACGUUAAUUUUCUCAUUACUUGCAGACCCCUUUCAAUAAGCAUGGGCAAUGCAAUCCGCCUUCUCAAAGCGAAAAUUGCAAAGCUGGACCCUAGUCUUCCUGAGGCCGAAGCCAAAGCUAGUUUGAUUGCCGACAUCGAUACGUUUAUGCUGGAGAAGAUCGUAUUUGCGGAUAAAGAGAUCGUCAAGCAUGCGGUGACCAAAAUCAGAGACGGAGACGUCGUUCUUACUCAUGGAUAUUCCUCUGUUGUGGAAAUGAUCUUAGUGAGAGCGAAAGAGAUGGGCAAAAAAUUCCGAGUUGUGGUUAUUGAUUCCAGGCCUAAACUCGAAGGGCGACGUCUUCUUCGUUCCCUUCUCAGCAAAGAUAUUCAUUGUACCUACACCCAUACGAAUGCUGUUCCCUACAUCAUGCAAGAGGUUACGCGUGUGUUUCUUGGGGCAGCAUCUGUUUUGGCUAAUGGGACUGUCUAUGCACGAGUUGGGACGGCUUGUGUUGCCAUGGUUGCUCAUUCAUGUGGUGUGCCCGUCAUGAUAUGCUGUGAAACUUACAAGUUUCAUGAGCGGGUGCAACUCGAUUCGAUCACUUCUAAUGAGUUGGGCGACCCGGAUGCAUUGGUGAAGGUGGCAGGGAGGAAAGAGUCAGCUCUUGAAGGCUGGGCUGACAAUGAACAUUUGCAGCUCUUAAACCUCACAUAUGAUGCAACGCCUGCAGAUUAUGUCUCCAUGAUCAUCACCGAGCUUGGCAUGGUCCCACCAACCAGUGUACCAGUGAUACUUAGAGAAUAUAGGAAAGAGCCUGCAGUUUAGAUUUGGAUUUGAAAAUAUCACUUCACAAAACCACAGAUAGUUCAUUGGUUAGCGUAGGAUGAAACCAUUACGGGAAAGCUCAUGUUGAGGUUUUUCUCAAAUCUUUUAAGAAGCGAAUACAAAUUUUUGUUAAUGAUAAUGUCUAAACAUCUGUUUCGGGUUUUCA